AUGCAUGGGGCUUCCUCAAGGACUUGGGUUCCCGUGAGACCCUCCAAGCAUCAGCUUCAUGGGCUGUUGAAGAGGGACCACCUCCUCAGCCCCAUCCACCUCACAGAACGGCUGAGCGGCUUGGAGAAUGGCCACUGGGUGUCCACAGGCUUUGUCAACUUGAUGGUCAGCGUCAUCCAGUUAAUUCAAAAUUCGGAAGAAAAAGCCAGAAAGGAUAUUAUUACUAAAGACUGGCCAGAGGCCAAGGUGGACACUGGAGACACAGCAGUGCCCAAACGGAUGCGGUUCCUCUCAGGGUCUGGUGUUUCAGUGGCUUUGGUGUUUGUAUCAACAAAGCCAGACUGGAAAGUAGAAAACUAUGUCUGUGUUUGGGUGAAAUCAGGGCAUUCCUGGGCAUGCCUAGGUCCCCAGUUCAACAUUUCUAAAGGAAUGGCCGGGCUGCAGAAGUUCCAGGAGUUCCAGCUGGCGGAACAACCCUUGAACUUGGGUAGACAGGCCCAGCAGGAGCCAGCACCCCGUGGCCUGAUUCUGGCCUGCCGCGUAGGGUAA